CACACUAAUCAAUCUAUGGCGCUUUCCAAACCCUCAUUCCUCAAUCAGCUCGUCAGAGCCCUAAUUUCCCGCCACCACGCGCCGCCGCAGGCCUAUCUCCUUGCCCGCCGCUUCUCCUUCGCCACCCCGGAGGAAGCCGCCGCCGAGCGCCGCAAGCGCAAGCGCCGCCUCCGCAUUGAGCCGCCGCUCUCCGCUCUCCGCCACCAGCAGCAGCAACAGCUGCCCCGCCCCGCCCCGGCGCCGCAGAAUCCAAAUGCCCCGAAGCUCCCCGAGCCCGCCUCCGCGCUCUCCGGCACCCGCCUCAACCUCCACAACAAAAUCCUCAAGCUCAUACGCGAGAACGAUCUCGAGGAGGCGGCGCUCUUCACGCGCCACUCGGUCUACUCCAAUUGCCGCCCUACUAUCCACACCUGCAAUGCGGUGAUGGCGGCACAGCUGCGCCAGGGACAAUUCGCCGAGCUCCUCACGUUCCACCGCUUCAUCACGCAAGCCGGCAUAGCCGCGAAUGUCGUAACAUACAAUAUCCUCCUCACUCUUUAUUUCGACUGCAGGAAGCUCGAUUUAGCCCUAGAGCAAUACCGGCAGCUGAUCAACGAUGCCCCUUUCAAUCCAUCGCCUACUACAUAUCGCAUUUUGAUUAAGGGAUUAGUAGAUAAUCAGCAAGUCGAAAAAGCAAUUGAGAUUAAGAACGAAAUGCAGACCAAGGGGCUUAAGCCGGAUCCUACUAUCUAUUCCUAUUUGAUGGCAGGGCAGGUGAAGAAUUCGAAUCCAGAUAGUGUUUUUGAGUUGUAUGAGGAAUUGAAGCAGAAAUUGGGGGCAGAUGAGAUCUUGGACGGGGUGAUAUACGGGAAUUUGAUGAAAGGCUACUUUUUGAAGGGAAUGGAAGCAGAGGCCAUGGAGGUGUAUGGCAAAGUUCUCGGUGAGGAUUCCACAGUUAAGAUGAAUGCUGUUUCGUAUAAUUAUGUCUUGGAGGCUUUGAGCAAGAAUGGAAAGUUUGAUGAGGCACUGAAGUUGUUUGAGAGGAUGAGGAAUGAGCAUGAUCCUCCGAGGAAAUUGAGUGUGAAUUUGGGUAGCUAUAAUGUUGUGGCUGAUGGUUAUUGUGCAGAGAAGAGAUUUGAUGAGGCUGUUGAGGUUUUCAAUAGCAUGGGAGAGAAAAGAUGCAAUCCUGAUACUUUGUCGUGUAAUGUGCUGAUUGAUCAGUUGUGUAGUAACAACAAAUUGGCGGAGGCGGAGGAGCUGUACCAGGGGAUGGCUGAUAAGAAGGUGACUCCAGAUGAGUAUACCUUUGGUACACUGAUGGAUACUUGCUUGGAGGAGAAUAGGCUAGAUGACGCGGCUCACUACUUUGGGACAAUGGUUCAGUUGAAGCUUAGGCCAAACCUGGCAGUCUAUAACAGGCUUGUUGAGGCAUUGGUUAAGGCUGGCGAGGUUGAUGAGGCGAAAUUUUUCUUUGAAUUGAUGGUGCCAAAGCUGAGGAUGAAUGAUGAUACAUACAAGUUCAUCAUGAAUGCACUGUCUGGGAUAGGGAAGCACGAUGAAGUGGUGAAGAUUGUUGAUAGAAUGUUGAGGGAGGAUCCCGGGGAUUUCACCGAGGAGUUGGAGGAGUUUGUUAGGGAAUUGUUGGGGAAGGAAGGGAUGGAAGAUGAGGUGACGAAUCUUAAGUUGCAAUUGGAGAAGGAGAAAGCUGAUGCUGCUGCUAAAGCUGCUGAAGAAGCUGCAAAAGCUAAGGCCAGCACUAGUAUAGCUAUGGCUGAUCUGUUGUCUUCUAAGUCGUUUGGAAAGAAGUCAGAUGUGGAAGAAUUGUCAGCUGAAGGCAAAGAGGAGGAUUCUGUAUCCACAGCUCCGGAAGUGGAGAACAUAAUGAGGAAUGAUGCUGCAGAAAAUGAGGAAGAACUGUCAGCUGAAGGCAAAGAGGAGGAUUCUGUUUCCACUGCUCCGGAAGUGGAGAACAUAAUGAGGAAUGAUGCCGCAGAAAAUGAGGAAGAACAAUCAGCUGAAGGCAAAGAGGAGGAUUCUGUUUCCACGGCUCCAGAAGUGGAGAACGUAAUGAGGAAUGAUGCCGUAGACAAUGAGGUUAUUGGUGAAGAAUCAGCAGAGAAUGAAGGCAGCAGUGUAAAUGAGAAGUAACUGCUUGACUUGGAGGUAUACUAGAUAGCAAGUAAUUGUUUUAUUUCUCAAUUGUAGAUUUUGAGAAUCUCUCCAAUUUUGUGCCUGCACCUCAAUCAUUCCAUAUUAUAUGUCAUUGAAUUUGACAUGCAAGGAUGAUUAUUCGUAA